AUGACUAAGCUCACUGGCAACCUAAAUGGACAAGUCUGGGGCAAACUGAACCAGGCCUGCCGGGACAUCCUGGCGGCGACUGACGUCCUGGCGGAUAGAGUAGAGGACGAGGAGUUGCGAGCCUUGAAGGAGGAUAAUAACCGAAUGCGGGAGCAACUGGCCCAAUGUCAGUCCGAGAUGAAGGCCCUUCGUAGAGCCUUCUCUGAGAGGACGAUCCAGCCCUCACAGGCCCCGACGGCCCAAUGCGACCAGGCGACGGACUUUUCUGAGGCCCUCAAAGAGGCCCUCAAGGAAUUAAAGGAGGACCUGAAGCGGGACCUUACAAUUACCAUGGGAAACAUGAUCUCGGCCCGCACGGGCCAUUUCCCUGAGCCGGUCCCCCGCCCUCCUCUCGCUGCGGACAGGAAUAAGACGAUUGCGAACCAGCCGGAACCUCUCUCUGGGGCGCCGCCCUCAAGGGCAGUGACAGGUGCGCCGCCCAUAAGGCAGCCUAAGGCCCCUGUGGCCCAGCCUUCGGCACCAGCGACCAAGAAGAGGGCUAACUCUGCUCCUAGGCAGAAGACGGUGAAGGAGCCUAGUGCCUCUCCACCCUCGCAGCCGGCAACAAAAACGCAGGAGCCUGCUGAGUCUUGGACGCAGGUUGUCAGGAAGGGCAAUGGCAAAUCCGCCAAGCCCCCUUCCCCCCCUGCCGCCCCGGCUCGGAAACCGGCACCAGCAGGCCCACGGAAGCUGGUUGUGCCCGCCACGGCCGCGAUCGUGAUGGCCUUGAAGCCGGAGUCUGAGGCGACAUACGCCUCAAUUUUGUAUAAGGUCACCAAAUCGGUGAAGCUUGCUGAUGUGGGUGUAGAGCACGUCAAGGUCCGCAAAACAGCUGCUGGGGCCAGGAUACUUGAGGUGUCCGGGUCCGACAAUGGUAGGGCGGCUGACGAACUCUGCCGAAAAAUGACGGAGGUGAUCGGAGAGGAAGCCCGAGUAUACAGGCCCACCAAAAUGGCGGACUUACGCAUUUCGGGCCUAGAUGAGGCAGCCACUCAGGAAGCGAUCGCGGGAGCAAUCGCUAAACUGGGAGAGUGCUCAAUAAAUGAGGUUAAGGUGGGAUCGAUGAGGGCCCAAUAUAAUGGGACAACGUCGACUCUGGCACAGUGCCCUAUAACGGCAGCCAAGAGGGUCACCGCAGCGGGUCGACUUCAAAUAGGAUGGUCCUCGGCUCUGGUAGUGGCGCUGGACCCAACACCGAUGAGGUGCUUCAGGUGCAUGGGCACGGGGCACACUAGAGCACUAUGCCCGUCGCCAGUAGAUAGGAGCGGUCUCUGCUUCCGGUGUAGCAGGCCGGACCACAAGAGGGUGGACUGCAAGGCGGAGACUGCCUUCUGCUCGGUAUGUCAUGCGGCCAAACGCCCAGCGGGACACAUAAUGGGUGGCUUCUCCUGUACGCCCCCACCAGCAAAAGGCAAAGAGGCUCUUCUGAAGACCCAAAGAGCCCCUCCAGUGAGUAACAUCGACCAACGGGCCUGUGAGGGACAAAAUAUGGAUAUUUAG